AUGGGACGCGCGAAUCUGAAAUUGCAGUUUAUUGAGAACAAGAAAUCACGGCUCCUCGCUUUGAAGAAGAGAAAGGAAGGGUUGGUGAAGAAAGUCGAGCAACUCACAACUCUCUGCGACGUUCCCGCCUGCAUGAUCAUCCGCGACCCCACCACCAACUCCACCUUCAUCUGGCCGGAUGAUUCCGCCCAAAUCCUCCGCCUAAUCGACUCCUACAAGGCCGAUCCCGGCGCCGUUAGGGCUUUCGGGGUGUCCGAUUUCUUCAACCAGCGGCAGGGGAAUGCCGAGGAGGGACUCGUGAAGAAGAAUGCGGAGGCCGAAUACGGCACCUGGGACGAUCGCCUCGACCGUAUGGACGAGUCCCAGUUGCGGGAAUUGAGCGGCGCCGUUCGCGCCAAGGCUGAGGCAUUGCGGUCAAGAAUCGAUUUCUUGAAACGGGAGGAGAUGAUGAAGGAGGAGGAAAACAGCGAUGAUAUGCUUGAUUUGGAAGACAUUUUUUAUCAAGAUGAAAUCUUGCCGAUUGCUAAUGCUUUGGCUGCGAACGCCAGUGCUCAACUUCCGGUGCCGGACUUCUACUGCCCGCCGCCUCUGAAUCUGGCGAUGAUGGAAAAGGAGAAGAACAACGACAAUGUGGUGCUUGAUUUGGUCGGUUUUGAAGGGUUUGUGGAUCAAGAUGUCAGCUUUUCUAUUGCAGAUGUUAUGGAUUUUGCGAGGGCCAAUGCGCCUCUGAAUCUGCCGCAAGAUUACACCUUUUCUGUUGCUGAUGUUAUGGACAACGGUCAACUUCCGGUGCCGUUCGUUGAUCACAAUUAUCUCAACUACGGCUACUGCUCUUCGAUGGAUGGGAAUCAGAAUGUGAAUUGGUGUGCCCUAAACAUGGAUCAAAAUCUCAACGGCUCUUCAAUGGAUGUGAAUUGCUCUGCUGGGGAUGAUGGUGGUGACUUAGCUAGCUAUUUUUGGCACUAG